UUGACCCGCCAGAAACGUACCAACGGCGCAAGCGCAGUGUGCAGCGCGUGUUCCACCUGGGUGCUUGCUGUGGACGUGACUGCUUCUUGUUGUUUGUCAUGGCAUCAAUCGGAGCGUUUGUAACCUGCAACUUCCAGAGUGUUAAGGUUACCGCAGCCCUUCAACAGUUAAAGGCUGCGGGCAUCAAAGUUAAAGGUUUUAAAAAGGUCACGCAAGUAGAACAGGCGCAGACUGGUAGUUCCUUUUCUUUUGGCUGUGAGCUCAACCUUUUGCCGCACUGUGUUGCCCCAGGGUUCCAAGCAACAGUUCCAAAGUUUCUGGUGGACACGUGUGAAUUUCUGUCUAUGCAUCUGCAAACUGAAGGCUUGUUCAGAAAAUCUGGAUCCAUCUCUAGAAUUCGAGAAUUGAGGACACGUCUGGAACAGGGAGAGGCUGCCUUGGAUGUUUUUUUGCCCAUGCAGGCUUGUGAUGUAGCUGUUUUACUGAAACAGUUUAUUAGAGAGCUCCCUUCUCCUCUGCUACCAUUUUACCUUCAGGGUCCUUUGUGUCAAGCCCAGGAUCUACAAGAGCCGAGUCAGCGAGAAAAUGCCACUUUGUUAUUGACAACCUUGCUUCCACAGUCAAGCACUUGUACUCUGCGUUAUCUUUGCAGAUUUCUGCAAUGUGUUGCUGAGAGGUGUGAUGAUAACAGGAUGGGUGUUAGUAGCUUAGCAGUGGUCUUCUCUCCCACCCUUUUCCACUUUCCUAAGCCUGGAGCUCAACUCUCAGCUGAGACUGAACAACUUCUGGAACGACUUGCUAAUGUGGUGCAAAUACUUAUUACAAAUGCAGAGUACAUUGGCAACAUUCCUGCUACCAUAUUAUCUACUCCUUUAGAUAUGGCACAGAGAUGUACAGGUGCAGUGAUGAAUGAGAUCUUGCCCGAAUACAGUGUAACCAAGAGACGUAGAAGGCGAAGUGUUGGAGAGAUCUUUGUGGAUGCUUUCAGCAAGCUGAGAACAAACCGCCCUCCCAAUGGCACCCCACUGGAGCAGGAUGAAAGGCCAGAAUUCUUCCUAAGUCAGAAGGAGACAUCAGAUCUGCAAGCUGAUUUGCCUUUAACAAAUAAGAGAAAAGCCUCUGAGGAGACACUACCUGGAAUUCAGUUCUCAGCCAAGAAGAGAAGAUCAGGCCUCAAUACUAAUGAUGAUGUACAGAGUGAUGCUGAGUCAUCCCCUACAGAGUUCCAUACACCUAGUCUUUUAUCUCCUGAAAGUCCUGAAAUACGUUUUGAGACCUCCUUAAACACAGCUGCCUUCUCUGCCACAAAGAAAACAGGAAGCAAGAGAAUGCAGAGAAAUUUCUCUAGCCGGCCAAACAAUUCAGCAGCCAAAGGUGAACUCAGCAUUCAGCUUCGCAAGUCCCUGCGCAUCUUCAGCUUGGGUAUCCGUGCCAGAAAACAACUGACAGCUGCAGUGCCUGUUACUUUGGAAGGUCAAUUUAAAGGAACAAAAGCAACACUAACAUUUGGUAGUCCUGUUAAAAAUCAAACUAUGGAGACCCAAACAACUAGUGAAUCAGUUUCUGUCAGUUUGGACAGGGAAGAUGAAAACACUUGUCCCAUUAUUCAGAAUUGUAUGUGCCAUCUUGUAGAUCUGACUGAUCAAGAGGAUAGUUUACCUAAUCAGCUUGAUCAGCACAAGAGCUCUACUUCAGUAUCACACUUUGAAAAUGAAGUCAAUAAACGAGAAGACGACAUGGAUUGGCUGGCUAUUGAUAAAAAAUAUUGUUAUCUGAACAAGAGGACACCACGAAGAUCCCUGAGCCUCCCUGAAGGCAUUAAUGAGCAUGUGGAAAAUGGAGCUGUACUGCCUGUGUCGUACAAAAAUAGCACAGAUAAUCUGGAGCUUGAUGAGCCCUGUACCUCACAAAAUGUUGUAUGUCCCAGCAGGAAAACAAAGGAUUGUAUUCCAGAAGUUGUAAUCACACAAGCUAAAGUUGAAGAGCAGAAUGAAGAAAUAGAAGAAGUGGUGAGUGAUGAUUUGGACUUGUGCAACUCUGUACCCUCAAGCACAUCCACUUGGAUGUCAGUUGCCGAUCGGAUUCGACGUUUUAAUAAGCUGACAUCCCGACUUUGGUCCCCCUCCCAGAGCCUUGCUUCAGAAUCCAGAGGUUCUCUAUUCUUUCAGCGUGCUCCAGUCUUGAAAGUUGCAGAAAAAUUUGAAGGUGGUUCUAAGAUUUUAAAGAGAAGAGGUGCACGGAGGUUUGGAAGGUCUUUAAGCCAUGAGAGUGCAAUUGGCAUAUUAAAUGGGUUUCAGAGGGAUGAGGCAUAUGUUGAAGAACAUAAAGAGUACAAUUUAAGUCCACUUAUGUCCCCUCCAUUGCAUCUUGCAGCUCCCAAAAUAAUUUGUGAGCCCCAUCUUUUCAAUAACUCAAGCAAUAACCUUAAUGUAGGCUCUCCUAUUUCAAUAGAAAACAUGGAGGUGGCUGAGGAUUUAAAAUCAUCUCCAGAGUCCGAUUCGGCCCUGCAUUUUCUAGUUGCAGGGGAGCAGCAGCGUUACAAGGGUUCACCAAAAUGUCCCUUGUCUGCAUCCAGGAUAACUCCUGUAAGUGAAUCUGUUGAACUUUAAUUUUUGAUAUUGAAUCUUUGUGUCUGUUUGA